AUGCAUGAACUUGUUUCAAACGAGUUAAAAAAAUUAAGUAUAGAUAUAACAAAAUGUAUUGGGAACUCAACUGAUGGUGCAGCUAACAUGCAAGGACAAUAUAAAGGAUUCACUAAGUGGUUAACUGAUGAUUCACCCAAACAAAUUCAUGUUUGGUGCUAUGCACACGUACUAAAUUUAGUUGUAUCGGAUGUAACACAGAAAACUAAUGAAUCUAUUUCUCUUUUUAAUUGUUUAAACAAAGUUGCAGGAUUCGUUCGUGAAUCGUAUUUACGAAUGAAUUUUUGGAGAGAUACAACAGAAGGAAUUGAUUUGCUACAAUCUUACAAAAUGGUAGAAAACACAAUAAUAACAUUAAAAGAUGUAAGUAGAAAAUUUAUUGAUGUGUACGAAAAAGCUAAACAUUUUUCGUCUGCUAUGAACGUGAUAUUUGAAAACGAGGAUACAUCAUUCAGAGUUGAAGAUGAUUUUAAAGAAAUUAGAAUUAGAAGAAACCCAAAGUUUCACGACGAAAUUAUCAAUGAUACCCCUUAUGAUUGUUCCAAAAAAAAAUAUGAAAUUAAUGUUUAUAACAUAACUUUGGAUACUGUUAUUGAGAGUUUAGAAAAUAGAUUUUCAAAGCAUAAAGAAAUGUACGUAGACUUUGAAUGGCUACAUCCUACUAAUUUUAAAUUAAUAUCAAAUUUACCUGAAAAUUCCAUGAAUAAAAUAGCUGAGCUUUUGACAGACUUUUCACCAAAUAUCGAUAAACAAAUAUUACAAGAUCAAUUAAUAGACUUUGCAGGAAAAUGGGAUUCACUUUCAAAAACAUUACUUGAUGAAUAUAAUUGUAUGACAUUGGAUCUAGAAAAGGACGAGGAAGACGAGGAAUCUGAGUUAGUCAAAGAACACCGUGUACAUAAAAAGACGUGUAAAGAUUGUAUAUUUUGCUGUUACCAAAUUUUAUGUAAGUAUAAUUUGUAUGCUACAGCAUAUUCAGAACUGUUUUUGGCAUACAAGUUUUUGCUAACAUUAUCUAUUACUCAAGUUCAAUGUGAAAGAACAUUUUCAAAAUUAAAAUAUAUUUUAAACCGAUUAAGGAGUAAUUUAAGUCAAGAACGUGUGGAAGAAUUUAUUAUAAUGUCGUGUGAGAAAGAUAUAUUAUAUUCUUUACAAAAUGCAGAUAUAAUUGAAUAUGUUGCACAAAGCAGUGACUUGAUGAAAAAAUUACUUAUUGGAUAA